GCCCUCUGCAGGCUUCAUAGGGCGACAGUCUGAAGGCUGAGGGAGCCAUGUUGAUGCCUGGUUCUGUGUCAAACGUUUCGUUUUGGAUGGUUAGAGGACUGCGCGCGGCAGAGCGGGAGCCUCGGCGGUGAUUGCAGCUCCGCGAUGAGAAGAGGAGCUCCGUUCGGGCUGGUUCAGGGAGCGCCGCGGCAGAGCUGCAGUUAGGACUCAAACUCAAGUUGAUGCUAGUUAGCUUCUCCGCCAGGUAGCAACAGCUGUGUGUGGACGCUGCGUGGGAUGCGACGCGUGGACUAAAUCAAUUUAAUCGCCUCCGCUUGCUGCGUUUCGCUGAGCAAACCUUACCUCGACUGCCGGAGGACGCCUCGCGCCUGGAGUAUCAUCGGGGGCCGCUGUAUCUAUGCUAGCUAGCUUUGUAACGCUAGCCGUUAGCCAUUAGCAUGCUGACGACCACCUCGCAUCCUCAGUCACGACUAACUGAGUGCUAGCUGAGUGGCUCAUAACUUCUCACCGCUUUCUGUGGAAAAAAAAAAAACCAAACUCCUCGAGUGGAGGUAUGGCGGUGCACCCAGUGUCUGUAGAAAGCUACCAGUUCGCCUGCCCAGCUCGCCGAGGAGCGGCUAGCGGGCUAGCAGCGUAACUUUGCUCUCACGGUGUCACUCAGAAGCUGCACUUCCUCACCGGCCGACCGCUCGUUACCUGAAGCAAGCUGGCGGCCCUUCGAGUAGAGCCCGAGGACAAGGAGCUGGGGUCCAUGGUCUGGGUGCUAAAGAUGGACGACGCCACCAUCGAGUCGGGGCUGGUGCACGACUUCGAUGCCAGCCUGUCCGGCAUCGGACAGGAGCUGGGAGCAGGAGCCUACAGCAUGAGUGAUGUGCUGGCUCUGCCCAUCUUCAAGCAGGAGGACUCCAGCCUUCCUCCGGAAAACGAGACCAAAAAUCCCCCAUUCCAGUAUGUGCUGUGCGCCGCCACCUCGCCUGCUGUCAAGCUGCACGACGAGACACUCACAUACCUAAAUCAAGGCCAGUCUUAUGAGGUGCGUAUGUUGGACAACAGGAAGCCCGGGGAAUUACCAGAACUCAACAACAAGAUGGUGAAGAGCAUCGUGCGAGUCGUGUUUCACGACCGCCGGCUGCAGUACACGGAGCACCAGCAGCUGGAGGGCUGGAAGUGGAAUCGUCCGGGUGACCGUCUCCUUGACAUCGAUAUCCCAAUGUCUGUGGGCAUCGUGGAGCCCAAGACUCAUCCCUCCCAGCUCAACGCAGCGGAGUUUCUGUGGGACCUGAAUAAAAGAACGUCUGUGUUUGUGCAGGUGCAUUGCAUCAGCACGGAGUUCACUCCCAGAAAGCACGGCGGGGAGAAGGGCGUCCCCUUCAGGAUCCAGAUCGACACCUUCGCCCUGGGAGACGGCGGCGAGUACACAGAGCACCUCCACUCCGCCUCCUGCCAAAUCAAAGUCUUCAAGCCAAAAGGGGCCGACCGCAAGCAGAAGACGGACAGGGAGAAGAUGGAGAAACGCACAGCUCAAGAGAAGGAAAAGUACCAACCUUCGUAUGAUACCACUAUUUUGUCAGAGCAGACGAGGCUCGAGCCCAUCAUCGAAGAUGCCGGUGACCACGAGCUGAAGAAGUCCAGCAAGCGGACACUCCCCGCUGACUGUGGCGACUCCUUGGCCAAGAGAGGCAGUUGCUCCCCGUGGCCAGACAACGCCUACGCCAGCACCAACCAGGCAGCUACUCCCUCCUUCACCUCCACACCGCUGUCCACCUACACAACUUCCUCAGUGCUGGACAGUGACUCGUCCUCUCCCAAUCACCAGGCAGACCCUGGCAGCCAUGGCAACUCUGAGCAGUUGAGCCCCACUGCAUCCAUCCAGGACACACAGAAGUGGCUGCUGAAAAACCGAUUCAGCUCCUACACGAGGCUCUUCUCUCACUUCUCAGGUUCUGAUUUGUUGAAGCUAACCCGGGACGACCUGGUCCAGAUUUGUGGUCCAGCAGAUGGGAUCAGACUCUUUAAUGCACUCAAAUCCAGGUCUGUGCGUCCCAGGUUGACUGUGUACGUCUGUCAGGAGUCUCCUCAGGAGAGCCCCCUGCUGGAGAGACAAGGCGCCAACGAAAACGGAGAACACAGCCUCUCUUCUAGUUUACAUGUGUACCACGCUCUGUAUCUAGAGGAGCUCACAGCCGCAGAGCUCAUCCGCAAGAUGGCGUGCGUGUGCAGCCUUCCACUGGGAAAAAUCAACCAGGUGUACAGACAGGGUCCCACAGGUAUACACAUCCUGCUAAGCGACCAGAUGGUUUACAACUUGCCUGACGAGAGCUGUUUUUUGAUCAGCACCGUCAAAGAUGAGUUGGGCGAAGGACUCCAUCUAAUCCUGAAGUAGUGAGGAGGACAGACGGCGUCGCUGAUACUCCGCCCUCUGUCUCUGGAGCAGGAGCCUCCCUCUGUCCCCCUCCGCCUGCCUCUGUUGUCGUCUUCUACUCUCCUCCCCGUCUCUCUUCAAACGAUCGUCGUACGGAAAGCCGAGAGACUUCGCUAAAGCCGUGUAAAUGUUAGAAUCUGACAUGGGUGUGUCCACUGUUUCAUAUUGAAAACAUUAUUACCGGAGGAGAUGAGUUUAAAAGAAGAGAGACUGGGGAGGAUUUGGGAUUUGGGCAGAAAGUUAACAAUGUUCUAUGUAUUUUGAUUUUAUUAUUUGUCUUUUCUAUUGUUUGUGGGUGGAGGAGGGAGGGUGCAGGCUCCAGGAGGGAGGGGUGGGUGGGGGGGGGGCGUUCUGGCCAGCAGGAGAAGGAAAGAAACCAUUUUCUUUAUUGCUCGUUGCCCUUCCCACACAACGUGCACAACCAGCACUAGGCCAGUAUUUGAUAACCUGUACUGCUGAACAGCAUGCGAUCUCAUACUAACCCGCUUGGAGGAGAAUCCCACCGUACUCUGCUUGUUUAACAUUCUUGAUGGGGGGGGUGGGGGGGGCGUCUUAACAAACCACGUAUCCGUCAGCUGAGCUCGGUAAGCCCCCGAAAUACCCAGGCUGAAUCUUGUGGCGUUGCCGUCAUGUGGAUGUUGACAGCACGUUAUUUCUUGGAUUUUUAUAGAUGGACUGAUUACCUUUUUUUUUUUUUUUUUUUUUUUAAUGUCUGGUCAUUUCGAGGCAUCCUCCGUGAUUUUUGACAUGCAGCCAUAUCUCUGCGUGGAUGGGCGCAUCGUUACGCUCAGCUCUCCUCACCUACGCCUCGUCCGGCCGGCGCUUUCAUUGUUUUUAUUAUUAGCUUUAUUUAUGAAUCAGCCCUUUCUGUCACCUGUUACUCAUUGAAUUCACAUGUUUCUCGUGCCAUAUUGGCUUCUCUCUCUUUUUUUUUUUUUUUUUUUUUCAUAUUAAUUCAACCUCACAUAUUCACAUAGAGCACGAACGUCGUUGCCUCCACUUGGCGUGUCGACUUUUAAACACUGGGUUAAAGAAAGGCUGUACUUAUUGGUUAUAAAUGAGCAAAAAGAAUUAAACCUCUCAAGAAUCUGAAAUGAGGAGUGAGAAAACCGAUCCCCCGUCCCCCCAAAAAUGCAAACAUAUACAGGGUUGUGCAAAGGUUUUAGGUUUUUUUGAUUAGUCCACUUUUUUUUUUUGACCGAGGAGAAACACAUGCACACAUGGGAAGAACACGCAAACACCACACAGUAGGGUGCAACCCUGAGACUGCUAACCCCCACACCCCCACACCAGUGUCCUCAGAGCUCUGAUCUCACAUAAUCAAGUCUGUGUUUACAGGAUUCGAACCAGGUUACAGUCACGGUGAAUUUGUUCUUAGUUAUCAGAGAUGUUUUUAAAAAUGUGUGCUGACAAAUGAUCAGCUUUGAACUGAAAUGACGAGAACACUGGUUUACUCUUUUUAAUUUUUUUGCUAUUAUUGAUUAAAAAAAAAAACUGGUGUGACAUGUCUUAUUUUUUUCUUCAAUGCGCUUUUGCGCCGUCUCCCUCUCCACAUCAGCCUAAACCUUUUGCACAGCACUGUAACAUCAUGAAGUGGACCAAACUGUUUGCAGACCGAGAGGCGUCUCUACAGGAGAGGCCUCCGUUUCUCUGCGCGUCUUGUUCAUUAGGACCCUUUAAAAACAUUAGUUUUCUAAAACAAUCAAAUCUAGUAGCUUUACUCUCAGUGCUCCAUUCCAGGAUCUGCUCUCCAGGCCAGUUUGCUGCAGGCUGGUUUAAAAACCCAUCACAAGCAUCUCUCUGAGUUCAUCCACGUCCAGACUCCUGUGUUGUUUUUUUUAAAUGUAGCUUUACACAGGAGGUGCAGGUCGGGAGUUUGAAGUGCAUCUCUGAAAAGUGACGGCAGACCUCACAGCUCCUCUGAGUCAGCUGACUUAUUAAUUUUGGUACACAGAGUCUGACAUCUUCUGAAGUGUCCACAGUUUACACUUCGGCGUGUCAGUGUGUGUAUGAGUGUACGCGCGUGUGCAUGUGUAUCCUUAUUUUUAUCCUCGGAAAGAAAACUUCAUGUCAUUUGUCAAAACAUUUUCCUGUUGGUAUGAUGAAAUUGUUGUUUAGCUUGAUAUUUAGUAAAGAGCAUGUGGACAAUGGCGACAGGUGGAACGGAUGUUUUUUUUUUUUUGUCAGUGUGUAACUCCCCCCCCCCACCCCCCCCCCUCCUCCUUUUUUCCAGACAUUAGAGACCAAGCCUGCACAGAAUCUCACAAAAAUCCAAGCUUGAUGUGUAGUCAGUAGUCCUACAGCCUCACCCUCCUGUCCGCUUAAUGAGAAGAACAAAAAAAAAGAUGGAAACAUGUCAAGACUGAAGAAAGAGUGUUGUUGUUCCGCUGAACCUCGGAGCAGCACGACAGCUCUCGUGGUUUUCGAAGGAAACAAGCACCGCCACACAGUAACAUGUCGACCCAGAAAUUAGUGAGAGUAGAGCAGAUGUGAUCCCGAGUCAGACUGACUGUGGUGAGAGGCUUUGGUCCGCUGAAGGCCUGACCGUCCGUCUGUGUGUGUGUGAGUGUGUGUGUGUGUGUGAGAUCGUGUGUGAGAGAGUGCUAGUGCAGGAAAGGUGACCACUGUUGAUGUACAGCCCGAUGUUGAUGAUGCUUCUCAUGUGCACAGUAUCAUAUGCUGGAGAUGUACACAACCACAUGUGCUGGGAAUAAAUGAUUUCAUAACUUU